AAUUCAGGGCUUUAUAUAAAAGGCAUGCAGAAACUGUUGGUUCUCAGAUAAGCAGAAGACAAAAUGAAGAAAUCACUCAUUUUGGGUGCCGCUCUUGUGCUCACGGUCGCCUUAGCACCUGCAACUGCACAACAACAGAAGCGGGUUGUGUGCUAUUUCAGUAGUUGGGCGUCUUAUAGAAAUGGUGAUGGCAAAUUUGAGGCCGAGAACAUUGACCCGUUUUUGUGCACGCACGUUGUCUACGCGUUCGUCGGCACCAACCCCGACGGAACAGUCAGAAUUUUGGAUUCGUGGAAUGACAUCUCGUUGAAUGGUUUUAAGCGUUUCAACAAUCUCCGUGUGACCAAUCCUAAUCUCAAGACCAUGGUUGCCAUUGGAGGGUGGAACGAGGGCUCAACUGGUUUUUCAAAUUUGUGUCGAGAUGCAACUCUCAGAGGAAGGUUCGUCACCAAUUUGUACAACUUUGUCAAAACGCACGGAUUCAGCGGACUUGAACUUGACUGGGAAUAUCCGGCACAACGAGGAGGAAUUGCUGCCGAUAAGGCCAAUUUCGUGUCUUUGAUCAGAGAGCUCAGAACCAGAUUCAAUCCCGAGGGAUUGGUUUUGAGCGCUACAGUUUCUGCAGGAAUUUGGACGGUCGGUGCUUCAUACGACAUCCCACAGCUCUCAGCCAAUUUGGAUUACAUUAAUUUGAUGACCUACGAUUACCACGGCUCGUACGAAGGACGAACGGGUGAAAACUCGCCCUUGUAUGCCGCCGCUAUAGAUACGGACAGAACUUUGAACGUGAACGCAACAGUAAGCUAUUGGGUGCAACAAGGUGCUGCCAGAAGCAAAUUAAACCUGGGGGUGCCGCUUUAUGGACGCACGUUUACUCUUUCUAAUCCACGCAACACAGAUCUUGGCGCACCGGCCUCAGCGCCUGGGUCUGUUGGACAGUAUUCGCAAGAGUCCGGCUUCCUCAUGUACAGCGAGAUUUGCUAUCUUCAAAGGACGCAGACAGGCUGGACCACGUGGUGGAACUCGGCUCAACAGGUUCCAUACACUUACAGAGCCUAUGAAUGGAUUGGAUACGAAAAUGUCGAGUCUGUCCAAAUCAAGGGUCAAUAUGCCAAAGCGAACAAUCUCGGAGGAGUCAUGGUUUACGCCCUGGAGAUGGACGAUUUCCGUAAUAUUUGCGCUGGCGGCCGAUACAGGCUUUUGAAUUCACUCAGAAGUGCCUUUUUGUCACCUUAAAUAUUGUGAUUUUUUUUUCAUUAGGAGCAUAAUUUUUGAUAAAUAUUUUACUAAUUAAAGGAAAUUAGAUAUUAUCAUUAUUAUGAAAUGAAGAAAUAUGAAUUUUUUGUGCAUAUUUUUGAAAAUAAAAAACCUUCUUGGACCUCGAAA